GCCCAACGCCACGUCGCCACGCACGCGGCCGGGGAUCCCCUAUACAAGGCGCCACGCCACCGCCGACGUGCCGUCGCCGUCGCCCUCCCCAAUCCCCACGGCUCUCCCUCCUCCUCCUCCACUCCUCCCCGCCUUAAAGCUCUCCCGCAUUGCAAUCCCCCAUGGCCCCUCCUACACCCGCCCGAACCCCGCCAACCCUAGCAGCCCGGCCCCGUCGGCGCCGCCGCUCUACCCGUCGCUCACCAUGGCCGACCUGGCGCCGCCCGAGAUCCCGCGGUCCCCGGUCUCCCCCGACGCGCCGGCGCCGUCGGACGACGUGCUGCUGCGCGCCCCCGGCGCGCAGCUCCACCUCGUCGACCGCCAGCGCAGCCACCCGCUGGCCGCCGGCGAGCUCUCCCUCCACCGCAUCCGCGCCGGCGACACCUCCCUGGCCGCCAUCGCGGCGCUCGGCCCCGUCCAAUGGCCGCUCGCCCGCGACGUCGCCGCCGUCAAGCUCGACCCGCGCCACUACUCCUUCUCCUUCGCCGUGCCCGCCUCCCCCGACGACCCGGCCCCCGAGCCGCUCCACUACGGCCUCACGCUCUCCGCCCCCGACCCGCGCCUCGACGCCCUCCUCGGCGCCUACACCAGGUUCUCCGCCCACUCCGUGGCCGGCAGCGAGGGGCUCGCCGGCGGGGUGCGCGGCGAGGUCGAGGCCGCCGCGUACUGGACCGCCGUCGCGCCCAACGUCGAGGAGUACGGCAGCGCCGUGGCCAGGGCCAUCGCGUCCGGCGCCGAGAACGUGGCCAAGGGGAUCCUGUGGUGCGGGGUGAUGACCGUCGACAGGCUCCGGUGGGGGCAGGAGGUGCUCAGGAAGAGGAUCCAGCCCGGCGAUACCGAGGCCGAGGUCAGCCCGGAGAUGCUCCGGCGGAUCAAAAGGGCUAAGAAGGUGACAAAAAUGUCAGAGAAAGUAGCAACUGGAAUACUGUCUGGAGUGGUGAAGGUUACUAGCUAUGUUACAAGCUCAUUGGUUAACUCAAAAGCUGGCAAGAAGUUUUUCAGCCUAUUGCCUGGAGAGGUUGUUCUUGCUUCGCUUGAUGGAUUUGGCAAGAUUUCUGACGCUGUAGAAGUGGCUGGGAAGGAUGUGCUAUCAACAUCGUCAACGGUGACAACCGGUCUGGUAUCUCACAAGUAG